GGGAGGUGUGACAGAAGAAACAAUGGUCUCUCCAGGGAAGAGAAGCUGUUUGAACUUGAACUUUUGGAGUUUGCUGGUUUCUGCUGAUUCUUGAGGCCUAGGAAGGCACCCCCAAAAGAAUUCAGAGGAUCUCACAAUGUCUCUGUAUUGUGGAAUAGCUUUCAGAGGAAAAUCCUUUUGUUGUUAUAGGCUGCUGUCAACCUAUGUCACUAAGUCUAGGUAUUUAUUUGAACUGAAAGAAGAUGAUGACACAUGCAGAAAAGCCCAGCAGACAGGAGCAUUUUACCUCUUUCAUAGCCUGGCUCCUUUGCUUCAGCCAUCAGGACAUCAACACCUGGUCCCCCGGCUUAACCUAUUAGAAUUGGAAAGGCUCCUGGGUAAGUUUGGACAGGAUGCACAAAGAAUAGAAGAUUCGGUGCUGAUUGGAUGCUCUGAACAGCAUGAAGCAUGGUUUGCUCUGGAUCUAGGUCUGAAUAGCUCCUCUUCCACAUAUGCCUCCUUACCAAAAUCUGAAUUGGAGACGGAACUCAAGGGGUCUUUCGUUGAGCUGAGGAAGGCUCUCUUUCAACUGAAUCCAGUGGAUUCCUCCUUGUUAUUCACGGCUCAAUCUCUUCUCCGUUGGCAUGAUGGUCAUCAGUUCUGCAGCAGAAGUGGGCAGCCCACCAAGAAGAACAUGGCUGGCAGCAAGCGUGUGUGUUCUUCCAAUAAGAUAAUCUAUUAUCCACAGAUGGCUCCUGUGGUGAUCACUCUGGUGUCUGAUGGGACCCGGUGUUUGCUUGCCCGCCAGCACUCCUUUCCCAAGGGACUAUAUUCUGCUUUGGCAGGUUUUUGUGAUAUAGUUCUUGCAGGUGAAAGUGUGGAAGAUGCUGUCCGAAGGGAAGUUGCAGAGGAGGUGGGACUGGAGUUGGAAAGACUACAGUACUCUGCAUCCCAGCAUUGGCCCUUUCCUAACAGCUCACUCAUGAUUGCUUGUCAUGCAACCGUGAAACCAGGGCAGACAGAGAUCCAGGUGAACUUGAGAGAACUAGAGGCAGCUGCCUGGUUCAGUUAUGCUGAGGUGGCUGCAGCCCUGAAGAGAAAGGGCACCUCUAUUCAGCAACAGAAUCAGAGUUUCCCAUUUCUCUUGCCCCCAAAGUUAGCCAUUGCCCACCAACUGAUUAAGGAGUGGGUGGAAAAACAUGCCUGUUCUUCCCUGCCUAAUUAGCCCAGGUAAAGCCAUUGAGAUCCCUCCUUGGAUUGCUGAAGGGCAUACCAGAGAUCCGUUAUAAAGGUGAGAAGGACAACCUCAAGCUAACCCACAACAAGACAGCUCUAUCAGCAAUAUUAAUGAAAAAGAGUUUCUAAUAAAGGGCCAUCAAGAAUGCCAGUGUAGGGCUGGGGAUGUGGCUCAAGCGGUAGCGCGCUCGCCUGGCAUGCGUGCGGCCCGGGUUCGAUCCUCAGCA